GGGCAUUCAACCACUUAUCAUUGGAGAAAGCACCUGCUGAUUCUAGGUUAACUUUUCCACGGGUAUUGAAUUGGCCAAUUAUACGUAUGCAGAAGAAAACUAUUGAGAAGGCAUUUAACAAUAACAUGAUAAUUGAAAGAGUGGUUGCAAUAGAGGAAGAAUUGAAAUAUGACAUAGUCAAUGCUGCCUUGUUUGAACAAGGACAACAAUUUGUGGAUCCUUAUGAUUAUCAAAGAUUGGUGGCUGAGAAUAGAGAUUUCCAAGAGAGGAUAACAAUUCUUGAGGGUGAAGUGAGGAUGCUUAAAGAGGCCAAAGAUAACACUCGGUUUGAAAAUGAGGAUGUCGAAGAUGAUCAACAAAUUGUGAACUUUAUCACCGAAGAUGAAGUCGGAAUUGCUGUUGGAGAUGUUGGACAUAACACUCCACCAAAUGUUGAUGCCAAUGUAGUGGAAAACCAACCAAAGUCUACCUCCAACAUGGCUACAAGACUUAAGAAGAAACCAAGGACGAAGCGUGGAAAAAGUAGUAGAAUGAAUUUAUAAAUAAUUAGUGUUGUAGUGUAGAAUUUGGUAGAAUUUGAUCCAAUUUGUAAAUAUUGACAAUUUGUGGUUGUAU